AUGGCCGGACUCACGCCUUCUCCAGACAUUAGUCCCGUGUCAGCAGCAACCACCAAUGGUCUGUUCCCGCGAGACUCCUUCUGCCUUAACCUUGCCACUCUACCGGACGCGAGCAGCUUCAUGCUCAAAUCUGCACUGCGCUCUCCCCAUCUCCUCGAGUCCCCCAAUGGCCUUAUCUUUGGUGGUGGUGGUCUGAGCAAUUCAUACCGAAAGCGCGCCCGCAACAUGUCUCAGUCGUCCGGUACCGAUCGUGAGAUGUCCAUAAACGGCACACCACCCGCAACGAGCCAGGCAGGAAGCACCGCGCUCGCUACUACCAAUUCCAACGGCUCAAUCAGCGAACAGCGACCGCUAAACAAAAAGCGUCCCAGCACCGACACAAUCGAUUACCCAAGGAGACGCGCGACUAUCGCGUGCGAGAUCUGUCGGUCCAGGAAGUCGCGGUGCGACGGCACAAGGCCGAAAUGCAGGCUUUGUACGGAACUCAACGCAGAAUGCGUCUACCGGGAGCCUGGGAUCAAACUCGACGCCGGCGACAAACUGAUCCUGGAGCAUCUCAAUCGUAUUGAAGGUCUUCUGCAGACUAGCAUCACCAGCACGUUCUCACUAGCCACGCACUCGCCGACUACCAGCAACUCCACGAGUGAGGACUUCCUUGGCCGCAGCACCGGCCACAUGUCCCAUCUGGGUAUGGUUCAGCCAAUCAACGGAAUUGGCACGUGGACCAACCACCCUUCCAACAUCUCGACUAUGCCGAAGACGCACAACACGGCAGCCUUGAACCUGUUGUCUUCCCCUAUGAUUCGGGAGCUGGUCUCUCGUCCAUACGAUCCCAAGAUCUUGCUUCAGCUGGAGAUGAGCCGAGAACCAGUCAGCCUUGUGACUUCACGCGGCUUGGAUCUGUCGAACACUGGCCAGUAUGUGCAGGCGUACUUUGAGCGUGUGAAUGUCUUCUACGCAUGUGUCAAUCCGUAUACCUGGAGCAGCUAUUACCAAACGGCCCUCACCCAGGGGUUCCGCGGAGGCCCGGAGAGUUGCAUAGUGCUUCUGGUGCUGGCACUCGGUCAUGCUGGGAGUACUGGCAGCAUAACGCUACAGAAUCCUGAGAAGGAGCCUCCUGGUUUGCAAUGUUUUGCUGCAGCAUGGGAGUUGCUUCCCAGCAUGAUGACCAGGAACAACAUGGUGGCGGCGCAAUGUCAGAUCCUGGCUGCUGCUUAUCUGGUAUACCUGGUCCGACCUGUUGAAGCAUGGAACGUCUUGUCGGGGGCUAGCAUGAAGCUGCAACUACUUCUCAGUGCUCCCGGUAGAGUCUCGCCAGCCGAGGAAGAGCUGGGCAGGAGAGUUUAUUGGAACGCAGUGAUGAUUGAGAGUGAUCUUCUUGCUGAACUCGAUCUUCCGCAUUCUGGUAUCUCACAGUUUGAAGAGGGCUUCUCAUUGCCCACCGGCUUUGAGGAUAUGGGCACUGAGGCAGUCGGCCGAGACGAGUUAUGGUACUUCCUGGCAGAGAUUGCCCUUCGGAGACUGCUGAACAGAGUGAGCUCGAUGCUCUACAUCCGCACGACACCGUACUCGAAAGGUCCGGCUGCCACAUCGAUCGCACAGCUGGAUCCGCUUGUCGUGGAACUUGACUUCCAGCUGAACCAGUGGUACGCAGGCCUGCCACCAGCGAUGCAAUUUCCGCUCGAUCGUGUCCCCCUGCAGAACCCCGUACAGACAGUACUGAGGCUUCGUUACUUCGCUUGCCGCACGAUCAUCUUCCGGCCGUACGUUCUGCUCGUUCUGCAGGACGAGAGCCUCGCACUGGAUUCAAGCGUGCAGGACAAUUGCCACAAGUGCCUGGAGGCGUGCGUACGCCAGCUGGAGUAUAUCACUGCGCACCACGCAGGCCACCUGCCUUAUCUGUUCCAAGGCGCGCUCUCGAUUGUCUCGCAGACUCUUCUCAUUAUGGGCGCGACCAUGACCCAGUCGCUGUCUCAACUCCUCCCUCCACCAGCAACCAUGGAUGACAUUAUCAACAAUGUUGUGUUGGAGAUGGAACGCUACGCGCACCUUGCCCCCAGUAUCCGCCUCUCCGCUGAGCUCGUCCGCGAAGCCGAAGGCAAACGACAGAUGUGGCUCCGGACUGCCGGCCUAAAGUUCGAUGACUGA